AACACACAUGCAACAUGUACACUCGUAAGCUUAUCCUGUUUGUGGCUGCCUCUCUUUUCAGUCCAGUUCUCACAGAUGAAGACUUUUACCAAGUGAGAGCAUGCUGUACAUUCAAAGGGCCACACUUUGAAAAAACCGAGUACAUAUUAACUAGUAUUUUUAAUAAGAACUUGAUGAUGGAGUACAACAGCACAAGAGGCAACUGGACGGGAUUCACAGCGUAUUCAAUUGAAGCAGCAAAAUGGUGGAACAGUGAUCCCUUUGAUGCACUAACAAGAAAGAUUGAAAGGAAACUGUUGUGUACGGACACAUCAGACCUCAUCCAAUCCAUAUUGCCUACAACUUUUAUCCAAAACAAAUCAGAAUGAUGUGGAUGAGAAACGGCCAGGAGGUGACCACAGAUGUCAGUUACUCUGACGUGAUGCCUGAUGGUGACUGGUACUACCAGACUCAUUCCUACCUGGAGUACAUCCCAACUUCAGCAGAAAAAAUUGCCUGUAUGGUCGAACACCUUGGUCUCUCCGAGCCGAUGUUUGUGGUCUGGGACCCCUCCCUCCCAGUGGAACAACGAACUCAGAUAGCUGUUGGACUGUGCGGACUCGUGACUGGAUUUGUUAUUGCAAUAUCUGGAAUCAUCUACUAUAAUAAGAAGUCUGCUGCAUACAUCACUGUGUGUCAAAGACAAGUGUUCAUUCCUGUGGAAUCCCUUCCUGAAGCUGGAGCAACUUAACAGCCUGAGCAAACAGGCUCAAAAAUACAGGCACGCUCCAUCCAAGGUGCCCCAAAUAUCACAGCUCUUUGAAUAACGAUGUCUGUUGUGAGUGACUGGAGUGACCGGGGCUUUGCAUUUUUUACCUACGGGACAGAGGAUACAUUUGUAAUGUAGUUAAUACUCUUAAACAGUAUAGUAAUAUAAAUUUAUAGAAAAAUGAUUACACUGUAUCUACUGCCAUUAACCCUCAUUAAGCAGUAAACCCUGUGAGUUAACCAGUGGUGAAAGUGGAAAAGUAGAAAAACCCUGGAAUAAUAGGAUGGUUCAAAAGCUACCCACAGUAUGCACACCCACAUGGUACCUUCCUAGCAAUUAAGUAAGAGAAUGAUUAUCUCCAACUAUAUAGAACCAACUAACAUUUUGUUUAAUAAUCUGAAUACCCUGAAAUUUUAUGAUUUAGUUGAAUAUAAAAUGGCACAGAUAAUGUAUAAAGCACAAAAUAACUUGCUUUGCCA